UGUGGAACUGUUUGACAUAUUGAUUGUUGUUGUGCUGUAAAGAAGCCGGCAUCGUAAAUCUUGCAGUUUUACAGCAAUUUUACGCAUUUAUUUACUAAAUUUCCGAACUAUUUGCAAUGAAAGCCAUAAUACAACGUGUCACCUCAGCGAAAGUGAUGGUUGGUGACGAAACGGUAAGCUCGAUUGGCCGUGGACUGUGCGUGCUGGUAGGCAUAUCCUCCGAUGACAAUGCAAACGAUGUGGAGUGGAUCGCACGAAAGUUGCUCAAUCUACGGCUGUUCGAUGAUACAGCAACCGGGAAACGAUGGACAGAAUCGGUCGUAGAUCAGCGCCUGGAAAUAAUGUGCGUUAGUCAAUUCACACUAUACCAUCGGUUGAAGGGAAACAGACCGGACUUUAGCAAAGCCAUGCAGGGACCGGAGGCACAGCAGCUGUACGGAUCGUUGCUGAAGCUGUUGCGUGAACAGUACACCUCCGAUCGCAUACAGGACGGUAGGUUUGGGGCAAUGAUGCAGGUACACAUUCAAAACGAUGGACCGGUUACGCUGGAUAUCGAAUCGCCCGCACAGAGUGAACAAGAGCGCCAAAAGCUAAAGCGAACGAUGGAGCUUAAAGCGAAAUCGGCUGGCAAAAUCGACGGGAAAUCAACGGGCAGCGCUGAAGGAACCAUGAAGAAUGUUACCGAUGCAGAAUAAACAACAAAACAGCUUUUAUGUUAAAGAAUAACGUUGUUCUAUUUAGUGUGGAAUAAAUUAUUUAUUGGAUUUUGUUUGGUAUUAAACAUA